AUGGCGGACAGUACAAGGGUUGACGAAAAAGAAAUCGCGAGACGUGAGAGCCACCUUCGAGCCUACCCCAACCCCCGUGAAUCCAUCAACCCUUUUACUUGGGCUUAUCCUUACAAGUCAGCAGCAACGAUCGCUGGGCUCGGAAUUGGUGCAGCACACGCGUAUAACAUUUGGACAAAGAAGCCCUGGUAUUAUGCUGCCUUCCCUCGACUUGGUGCCAUCGCAGCCCUAGGAUACAUUGGCUAUUGUGCUGGUGUCCUCCGUGAACACCAUAACAAAACCCGAGAUGCCAUCGUUGAACACUACCAACAACUCCAUCCCGAAGACUUUGACCAUUUCAAAGACCGAAGUGGCCGACCGUGGUCCGAUGUGCUUCUCCCCUGGUAUCCACACCGGUCCCAGUACACUAAAUACGAUGCUAAC